AUGGAACAAACGAAAGACUGCCACCCAAUCAUCAUGGGACAAACGAGUGUGUCCCAGCCAAUCAUCAUGGGACAAACGAGUGUGUCCCAGCCAAUCAUCAUGGGACAAUCGAGAGAGUGCCAGCCAUCAUCAUGGGACAAACGAGAGUGCCAGCCAAUCAUGGGACAAUCGAGAGAGUGCCAGGCACUCAUCAUGGGACACGAGAGAGUGCCAGGCACUCAUCAUGGGACAAUCGAGAGAGUGCCAGGCAAUCAUCAUGGGACACUCAUCGAGAGAGUCUCAUCAUGGGACAAUCGAGAGAGUGCCAGGCACUCAUCAUGGGACACGAGAGAGUCAUCAUCAUGGGACAAUCGAGAGAGUGCCAGGCACUCAUCAUGGGACAAUCGAGAGAGUGCCAGGCACUCAUCAUGGGACAAUCGAGAGAGUGCCAGGCACUCAUCAUGGGACAAUCGAGAGAGUGCCAGGCAAUCAUCAUGGGACAAUCGAGAGAGUGCCAGCCAAUCAUGGGACAAUCGAGAGAGUGCCAGCCAAUCAUGGGACAAUCGAGAGAGUGCCAGCCAAUCAUGGGACAAUCGAGAGAGUGACAAUCGAGAGAGUGCCCAAUCAUGGGACAAUCGAGAGAGUGCCAGCCAAUCAUGGGACAAACGAGAGAGUGCCAGCCAAUCAUGGGACAAUCGAGAGAGUGCCAGGCACUCAUCAUGGCACACAGGGUUGUGGUAA